UUUUUUAAAAGUCAAACUUGUUCUCUGGUUCUCGUUCAACUGGUAUCUAUGGAUGCUCUUCUGGAGAAUUUUCCCGGUGCCGUAAAUGGAUUCAGAUUUGAAAAUGGUCAUAUUUCAGAAUUUCCAAUUCAGAAUCCCAUAAACGGGUUUACAUAUGAUGAUAAAGCCGACUUUUCGUCCUUCAUUCAAACCAAUUCAGAAUUUCAUGGUGAGUCGGGUCAUUCUUCUAGCACGAGCACGAACGAAGAAUCGGCGGACAGUAACAAAUAUUCCAAUCCAGCUCUCAGAUUCAUCAGUGAAAUCCUCUUGGAUGAAGAAGACGACCUGGAGCGCAAGCCCUGCAUGUUACAAGACUGCUUAGCUCUCCAGGCUGCUGAAAAAUCUUUCUACGAUGCCCUCGGUCGUAGUUACCCCACUUCUCCUCAUCAAAUCUCUAAUUGCUUCCAUGGUGAAAACACUGAUAGCCCAGAUGAUCAAAACUUCUUCCCUACCCAUAGUUUCGAGAGCAGCGGCAGCUAUACCACUGAUAAUACAUCUGACUCCGAAUGGGUGAACGGUGUCGUUAAUUCCUCAGAAAACGUCCUCGAUAUUUCAGAUGUGCCUCCCGAUCUAUAUGGGGGGAUCCUUGAUCAGAGUAAUCUGCAGAUGAAUCUAGGGGAUUCCCUGCGCAACUCAGGAUCCAGAGGAACAAGGGAAAAGAGAACCCUUUGGGUGGGUGAUUCUAUAAACGAAGAAGAGGGCAGAGGCAGCAAACUUUCUGCUGUCAGUUCGGAUGAUUCAGAGCCGACGGAAAUGUUUGAUGAAGUACUUCUUUGUAAUCUCAGAACUACCCAGUCCUCGUCAUGUGGCCCUGGAUCAUCUCAAAAUGGCACAUUCCACCUGAAUGUCGACUCUGGAGGAUCAAACGGGAAGGCGACGCGUUCAAAGAAAGGGUCUAACAAAGGGACAGCAGUAGAUUUGUGGACUCUACUAACCCAAUGUGCCCAAGCUGUUGCAAGCUUUGACCAAAGGAAUGCCAACGAGCUUCUCAAGCAGAUCAGGCUGCACUGUUCCCCUUUUGGCGAUGGGAUCGAACGCUUAGCUCAUUACUUUGCCAAUGGUCUUGAGACGCGUUUGGCUGCUGGGACACCAUCAUAUAACCCCCUUGAUUGCGAUGGAGCAACUGCUGCUGAGAUGUUGAAAGCUUACAAGCUAUACAUCACAACAUCUCCUUUCCUCAGGAUUUCAAAUUUCUUGGCUAACAGAACAAUUCUGAAUCUGGUAGAAGGUGAAAAUAACCUUCACAUCAUUGAUUUUGGCAUCUGCUAUGGUUUUCAAUGGCCCUGCCUUAUCCAGCGUCUUUCGGAAAGACAAGGCGGCCCUCCCAAGCUUCGUAUGACUGGGAUUGAGUUCCCUCAAUCAGGGUUUCGGCCAGCAGAGAGGAUUGAGGAGACAGGACGAAGGUUAGCAAACUACUGCAGGAGGUUCAACGUCCCUUUCGAAUACAAAUGCUUGGCACAAAAAUGGGAAACCAUCCGACUGGAGGAUCUCAAGAUCGACAGGACCGAGAUAACUGUGGUUAACUGUUUGUACAGAUUGAAGAACCUGCCUGAUGAAACUGUGUCCGCAAACAGUCCAAGAGAUGCUGUUUUGAAGCUGAUAAGGAAGAUAAACCCGAAUAUGUUCAUACAUGGGGUUGUCAAUGGCACCUACAAUGCCCCAUUUUUCGUGACUCGGUUCAGGGAGGCUCUGUUCCACUUCUCAUCUUUGUUUGACAUGUUCGAGGCGAAUGUGCCCCGGGAAGAUCCAGAGAGGUUGUGGUUUGAGAAGGGGAUCUUUGGAAGGGACGCCAUGAAUGUUAUCGCGUGCGAGGGGGCAGAAAGGGUUGAGCGGCCAGAGACUUACAAGCAGUGGCAGAUUAGGAAUCGUAGAGCUGGGUUCAAGCAACUCCGUAUGGACGCACAAAUCUUUAAUAAAGCUCAAGAAAUGGUAAAGACGGAAUAUCACAAGGACUUUGCCGUGGAUGAGGAUAGCAGGUGGGUUUUACAGGGAUGGAAAGGGCGUAUCAUUCAUGCUCUUUCUAUCUGGAAACCUGCUUAAGGCAGUCGCCAAAGAGAAUCGCAAUACGCUCUUGACCGGUUUUUCCUCCGUCCAUUGAAGCUUGUAGUAGAUAGUGUUUUAUUGGUCCCUAGCUAGUGUAAGCAUUCUCUUAGCGUGCAACGAUUUGUCGGGAAGCUUAGCAAACAUACAUCUGUCAUUGACUUUCCUGAUGGAGUAUUACCGAUGUAAAAAGUAAUAUUAUUCAGACGCGCUGUUAUCACAAAUACGAUCUCUGUAAAAAAAUAGCCUAGUUUGUACAUCACGUGUGGUAUGUGCUUUGUUGCUCUUA